AUGGAUACUUGUGGCGCUCAACGCCAAGAGAAAAUGCCAUUGGACAAGCACAUAAUCAGUAUACCGCAACCUGUGGAAAGCAACAAUGGUCAAAGCAGUCAAAGCAGCGAAAGAAGCCCCAGCAGGAGCUCUAGCCAUCCAUGUACGCUAGCCAGUCCACCUGAAAGUGGCUCAGAAGAUGAGGAGCCAUUUGAUAUCGUCAAAGAGUUGCUUCACAGGCGAUAUGCCAAUAUGCCACCGGAUGCACUGCCGCCAGAUGACAGGGACGAGAGUGACGAUGAGCAUACGGUUACAACUGACCACGACUCUUCCGAAAAGCCUGGUUUCGAAAAACAAGUGUCAACAACUGCAGUCGCAAACCAACGUGAACAAAAAUAUGUAUACACAAAGUAUGCGUGUUUACGGAAUACACCACUCGAGCCAUUCCACAAUCGCAGACUGGUGUUUCUCUUGUUGCUGUUGGAAGACAAGCGACGUUUGAUUGAUUUGGUCGAUACACGGGCUUUGGCGUAUCGCCGUGCAGCAUGUGCUAUAAAGGCAUAUCCAAAAAGCCUAGAGUCUGCUGCAGAAGCCAUGAGGAUUCCCGGUAUUGGCCCCAAAGUUGGGCAGCUAAUUGCCAUCUAUCUCGAGACGGGCACGAUACCAGAGGCUGAGGACUUGCUAUCCGAUGAAAAGUUCAGAACACUGAAACAUUUUUGCAAAGCCUUUCACGUUGGUCCAUCUACUGCAAAUCGGUGGUGGGAUAACGGUUAUCGCACAUUUCAAGACGUUCUUGACAGGGGCAGACCCAACGAAUCCAUCAAACUUGGUAUCCAGCUUCUUCCUGAGUUUGAGCAGCCCAUGAAUCGUCAAGAUGUGGAAGAACUUAUUGAGAUCAUUAUAUUGGCUAUCACUGAUUUGGAUGAAGGCGCGUUGGCGACGCCUGUGGGUGGCUACAGACGUGGGACAAAGCAGUGCAAUGAUCUUGAUAUUGUUAUUUCAUGGACGGACCCAACCAAGCAUCAAGAUAAAUCAUUUUUGAGAAACAUUAUGGAAUAUUUGGAGGAAAGAGGUUAUCUCAAGCAUCGUCUGCUUGUUUCUGACAAGUUUACAAAGUAUCAUGGUAGGCUCCUGACUACUAGAGGUGCCGACUUGGCAGGCCUGGAUACGUGCUUCUGCGCAUUUUUGCAGCCAUCGAAACAGAUGCUUCGCCAAGUGGAUCUGGUUGUGGCGACGCCUGAUGAAUACGGUGCGGCUGUUUUGGCGUGGACGGGAUCCCGUCAUUUUGAACGCGACCUGCGACUCUAUGCGAAAAAGGAAAAAUACUUUACUGUAAGCGGCCAUCGGAUCUUUGAUGCAAAAACUCAAAAACCAUUGAUGAUAAAGACGGAAGAAGACGCUUUCGAGGCUCUUGGUAUCCCUUACAUUGAGCCAACCAUGCGUAACUGUUAA